CAUGUACCAUACAGAGCGGGAGCGUGGGGGGCACAGGCUGCACACCGGGCGCCCACCACCACCAUCACCCCCUCCAGUCCCUCUCCGUGUCUCCUCCUCUUCCUCCCUCCACUUUCUCCCAUUCAUCGCUCUGCCCCCGCCUCCUCUCUGUCUCUGUUCAGCGCUGUCCUCCCUUCUGUGCGAUCAUCCGGCUGAGUGAUCGGGUGCCAGAGAGGUUUGAUGGCAGAAACAAAGAAGCCAUGAAGACCAAGUAGAAGGAAUUGAAGAAUGCUUCUCCGAAACCGCUUUAUCUUACUGCUGGCCCUGGCUGCCCUUCUAGCCUUUCUAAGCCUCAGUCUCCAGUUCUUCUCCAGAUGGCUACCUGUCAGCAUGCAGCUUAAGACGCACACCCAUGUUCUCCCAGACACAAGUCAUGGCUGGAAGAAGUGGUCCAGGCCAGAUGGAAAAGACAGGAAAAGUGAACAUUACCAAUCUGAGAACACGUGUCUCAACUGGUUACCCGUUCGGUUCAUACCCGCUAUGUCCGAGAGGGAAGAAGCACUUAGUGCCAAAAAUCGUAAAAGAAUCAUGCCGGACCUGCUGACCGAGCCUUCUACAUCUGAUCCACUGUAUGAAGCCAACCUAUACUGUAAUACGCCUGGAGUAGCAGAGCGCAGCAUGGAAGGCCAUGCACCUCAUAACUUUAAACUGUUGUCCGUCCAAGUGAUGAUCCGUCAUGGUGAUAGGUAUCCGCUUUAUGCUAUUCCGAAAACCAAGAGACCUGAUAUUGACUGUGUCCUGGAGCCAGACAGGAAGCCAUCCCACCCAAACUUGGCAGAUUUUAUUAAUCACAUGGUAAAAGGAUCAGAAGGCCAGCUGGACGGUACGUUGAGCAGCCUGCCACGUUUUCCCAGCCAUUCCCAGUGCGAGAUGGGAGAAUUAACCCAAACAGGUGUUGUGCAGCAUUUGAAUAACGGACAAAUUCUGAGGGAAAAUUACUUGAAGAAACACAAACUUCUGUCAAAAGACUGGACGGCAAAGCAGCUUUACAUUGAAUCCACUGGAAAAAGCAGGACGCUGCAAAGCGGGCUGGCCUUACUGUACAGCUUCCUGCCUGGCUUUGACUGGAAGAAGAUGAGCAUUAAGCACCAGUGGAGCAGUAUAUUCUGCUCCAGUCACUGUGACUGUCCCAUGAGGAACCACUACCUGGAAGAAGAGCAGCGUCGCCAAUACAGCUAUAGAAUUAAAAACGUCCAGCUCGAAAAGACUUAUAUUGAUAUGGCCAAAGUGGUCGGGGUCCCCACUAGGCUGUUAAGAGCCUCCAAUCCCAUCGACUCUUUGCUAUGCCAUUUUUGCCACAAUGUCACCUUCCCCUGCACCAAGAAUGGAUGUAUAGACAUUGAGCACUUUAAGGUCAUCAAAGCACAUCAGAUCGAGGACGAGCGGGAGAGACAUGAGAAGCAGCUCUAUAAUAAGUAUUCACUUUUGGCAACCUACCCUCUGUUAAACCAGACCGCCAGCCGAAUGCAACGGGUAUCAGAAGGCAAACAGGCCGAAGUGUUUGCCUUAUACUCUGCCCACGAUGUGACCCUCUCGCCUGUCCUCAGUGCCAUUGGUCUCACGGAGGCCAGGUUCCCUCGUUUUGCCGCGCGCUUAGUAUUUGAACUAUGGCAAAAUACUGAGAAACAAAAGGAACACUAUGUUCGAAUUCUGUACAAUGGGGAGGAUGUCACUUUCCAGACUUCGUUCUGCAGGGAGCACCAGAGGCGCUCAAGCCGGCCUCUAUGUCCACUUUCCAAAUUUGUCAACUUUGUGAAGAAAGAAAUGUUCUCAGCCCUGAACAGUACCAACUAUUAUGAUGCGUGUCAUUAAAGGUUGUUUUAGGGGUCCAUUCACACGUUCAUAGUUCUGGGUCCCCUUUGGACCCAUUAAUUUCAAUGGGGCCGCAAAAGAUGCGAACAGCAUACCGCGUGAUGUCUGCAUCCAUAGUUCCGUUCGGCGGCCCCGCAAAAAGAUAGAGUGUGUCCUAUUCUUGUCCCCAAUCGCAGAGAAGAAUAGGCAUUUCUAUCAUAGGGCCAGCCAUGUGCGGUCCACAAAAUGCGGAACGCUCACGACCGGUAUCCGUGUUUGGCGGACCGUCUGAAUGGACCCUUAGAGUGCAAUUCAUGACAAGAAACCAAUGAAUCCAUGGCAAUAUCCACUACAGGAGACGUUCAUCUUGGUCCAGUAACCGCGCAGAGCCGUCUACAUUGCGCUGCUGCGCGGUUUAUGUUGACAGCACAGACCACAUCUAAGCUGCCAACUGAGCAGAGUGUCUGCCGUGCAGAUUUGUUCCACGGUCCCGCUAGCUCCAGUCAUUAACCUUCUGUGUAAGGCGUAAGGCAGAGAUUGGAUUGCGUUACCUUAACUGUAGUCUGGAUCUAUUCCACACCUGAAAUCUCAGAUGUGACUGCAGUUUACCCCUAUACUUCCCCCUAUCAUUGUCUCAUGGGUUUUGAAAGCUGAGUUAUGGGCAGCUGUUUGUGGAGUCUAUGGCACUGAUUUAUCUUGCAUUCACUCCAGAAUUCUUGCUUCAUUAAGUCGAGAAAUGGGGCUUUUGUGA